CGCCCCUUUGGGCGGAACUGUCAUGGCUGCGCCUGUGUGCUGCCACGGGGUUCUGUCCUAAGGAUUGUCCACAGCGUGCGCUCCCUUUUAGGAAGAAGUUAAGUUGUGUUGCAUCUUGAGUAUUGGAAAGUGUGCCAGUGGGUAGCAAAAUGAAUAACAAAGCACAUUCCUUGUUGUGGAACAUCAGACACCUGAGUACUUCACUUCCAAGAAGCAGAGUUUUGAGGAUCUGUCCUCUAGGAUUUGGCAGACCAGAAGUUGUUCAUUCAAAAUGGUACCCAAGAAACGGUCUGCUAACUGGUUUUGAUGAGGGACUGCGGCCGUCUGUUAGAUACCUCUUUCAGGGUAUUUCAAGAUCGGUACAUGGUUGUACCCAAACUAAAGGCAUAAGCCAUGCAGCUGUCUUUAAACAUGACAGAGUACUUUGUCCUAGAAGCUUUUCCUCUGAUUCAGAACAUUCUCUUGUCUCUAAUGGGACCUCUGAUCGUGAUGUAAUGAAAGUAAACUUCCAUCCUAACUCCUGUGAAGAUGUGCUCACCAAGAAGACGAGACCAACCCCUGUGAAUCAUAAAAAGCUGGCCCAGGAGUGUAACUCUUUGAGUGACGUGCUGGAUACAUUUUCAAAAGCACCUACGUUCCCUGGCAGUAGCUAUUUCUUAGCAAUGUGGACAAUUGCCAAAAGGAUAUCGGAGGACAAGCGGCGCUUUGAAAUACAGCUGAUGUUCAGCCACCCCGCCUUUAGCCAGCUGUGUGAGCAGCUGAUGAGAGAAGCCAGGAUUAUGCACUAUGACCACCUUCUGUUCAGUCUUAAUGCAAUAAUGAAGCUUGGCGUCCCUCAGAAUACUCUGAUGGUACAGACAGUACUGAGGACGAUUCAGGAACGCAUCAAUGAGUGUGACGAGAGAUGUCUUUCAAUUUUGUCAACUGUUUUAGAGACGUUGGAGCCCUGCAUGAAUGUGAAUGCGCUUCGAGCAGGGUUGCGAAUCCUAGUUGAUCAGCAAGUUUGGAAGAUAGAACAUAUCUUCACAUUACAAACAGUGAUGAAAUGUAUCGGGAAAGACACACCAUUUGCUCUUAAGAAGAAAUUGGAGAUGAAAGCUUUGAAGGAGUUGGACAGAUUUUCUGUCUUGAAUAGCCAGCACAUGUUUGAAGUACUAGCUGCCAUGGAUCACCGCUCUGUUGUCCUUCUGAAUGAAUGCAGUAAGGCGGUCAUAGAUAAUAUCCACGGGUGUCCUUUUAAAGUAUUGAUCAGUAUACUGCAGUCCUGUAGAGACCUCCGGUACCAAAAUGAAGAUCUCUUCAAGAGCAUAGCAGAUUACAUGGCUACAACGUUUGAAAUUUGGAAGUUGAAACAAGUGAUCUUUAUCCUCAUGUUAUUUGAAAACCUUGGUUUUCGACCUCCUGAAUUGAUGGACAAGCUUAUGGAGAAAGCAGUGGAGGACCCUGGGUCUCUAAACAUGAAGAACAUUGUUUCUAUCCUUCAUGUGUGUUCUUCUCUCAAUCACAUCCACAGAGGCAAGAACAGAGAGUUCCUAGAAGCUAUGGUGAGCGCUCUGACUGUACGUCUUCACCACAUCUCCUCUGAAAACCUAUUGAGUGUUGUGUAUUCAUUUUGCCUGAUGAAUUAUUUCCCCCUGGCCCUCAUUAACCAGCUUACCAAAAAGAACGUCAUCAGUGAACUGCUGACUUCAGGUGACAUAGAGAAGAAUAUUCAUAGGCUUCAUGUUCUGAAUACUUGUCUGAAACUUGAUGAAAACGCUCAUUACAAGGCUGUCCACAUCCCGUUGCCACAGCUGCCACGGCCACCGUCCCAUCCCAAUGACAGGGUGGCGGAGGUGCUCAGCAACCUUUGGGAGGACGAAGGAUGCUUCUCGAGAAAUGUGCAGCUGCCGCAUAAUUAUCACAUUGAUUUUGAAAUCAGAAUGGAUAAUAACAGGACCCAAGUAUUUCCAUUUUCUGAUGUAGAUGCACCUUUAGCCCCAAACAUGCAGAGAGUAGCUGUGCUGUGUAUUCCUAAGUCUGUUUAUUGUUUGAAUUCAAGCCACCCCAGAGGAUUGUUGGCUAUGAAAAUUCGACAUUUGAGUGCCAUGGGCUUCUAUGUGAUCUUGAUCCAUAACUGGGAGCUGAGAAAACUGAGGAUGGAGGAUGCAGUAGCCUUUGUGAAGACAAAGAUCUAUUCAGAUGAGACUCUUCCCACUACUGACGCAGCUGUGUAAAGCAUGGAUUAAAGCAAACAUGGCCUCUUCUCACUGAAGCACACACAUUUGUGAAAAUGACUUCAAUAAAGGCUGUAAUUCAGUUA